AUGGAGGGAAGCCCCCACCGCCGCUGGUCGGCCGUUCUCACGGCAUUGUGCACCUUCUUCGCGCUCGCUGUCAACUCAUCCGUACAAGAGUUUCUGAGCAUCGACUGCGGGGCGGAUGUCGGACGGACAGACGGGGCCGGGAUCAAGUGGGUGACGGACGACGGCUACGUGAAAACAGGAACGAACGUCCAACUGGAAACGAGCAAGAUUUUCCCGUUCUACAGCGCCAGGGUGUUCACGGAGAAGCGGAGCAAGCACUGCUACGUGCUGCCCGUACGAAAGAACUCGACGUACCUCCUCAGGACCAUCCAGUACGCCGGGCAAUCGACCAGCACCGCGAGCAUUGCGUUCCCGGUGAGCUUCAACGUCACCGUGAACAACGAGGUCUGGUACUCGUUCAGCGGGCAGACGGAUCUCGACCGUUUACCGUUUCUCUUCGAGUCCGUGUUUUACAGUUUACAGAAGGAAGAGGUGGACGUGUGCUUCGUGGCAGGCGCGUCGGGAACUCCGUUCGUGAAUUCCAUCGAGAUGAGGGAGCUGAACCCGCUCUCGUACUACGAAGUCCAGCGCGGAGGAGUUUACAGGUUCCUCGUCUUCGUCGGUCGGUACAACACGGGGCAGCCGUCGAAUAGUAGCUACAUCUCUUAUCCAGACGAUCCCUACGACAGGUACUGGCUGCGCGUCACGAAUUCCUCGCGGGCAGGCGUUGCGAACUCAUCGGUCCUCGCCCCGCCCACACAAGCAGAUCAGACGACGGCCGGUUGGAACUUCGCCCCGGAGCGAGUACAAGAGGACGCCUGGGUCGGGACGGAUUUGUCUGUUCAGUUCAUCAGGGCGGAGGGCGCGCCUCGAGCGUACGCUGCGUGGUACUUUCAGGAAAUCAGAAACUUGACCGCAGCGGAACUUCUGAGGAAUCCGACUCAGAUGGUAGUCGGUCUGAAUUAUAAGUCUCUCGCACUCAACUUGAGCACGUUCAAUCCCCAGCAGGUAUCGAUGUUGGUGGAGCUCGAAAGCUCCACCACUGUCGAUUUGAAUCUCAUAUCGCCGAACGGGUCCAGACCCGCGAUACUGAACGCGUUCGAGCUGCAUUGGGCCUACGAAGUCGAUCAGUCAACAACGAACGCCAACGAUGCGACCGUUUUGAAAUCUCUACAGUCGAUUUUCGGAUUGGAAGAUUGGCAGGGAGAUGCGUGCUAUCCAGUGGCAUGGGAUUGGGUCGCCUGCGACGGCGACUCGAGAAUCAUUGAGCUGAAUCUUUCGGACAAGAAUCUCACUGGCCCCAUACCGGACGCGAUCGUUGAGUUGACUCAAUUGCAGAAGAUACGGCUGGACAACAACAAAUUAAACGGCACUAUCCCCCAGUCGUUGCGCACCCUCAAAAAUCUGCAAAUACUGGCAUUGGACAACAACAACCUCAGUGGAGACAUUCCUACGGCUUUUCUAGAUAGAGCUGGAUUCACAUUUUUUGGAAAUCCAGGGAUCUGUCAAGUAGGAGGGAACUGUAACUCAACAGCACCAAAACCGAGCCCGGCCCCGGCCGAAACGAGCAAAUCAGACGACGAUUCAAACGAAAAGUUUUUCAUCGUGAUUGCUGCACUCGGUUUGGUCAUUGUUGUGCUCGUGGCUCAACUCGUGUUCUGUCACGUGAGAGGAAACCGCUACAGAAGCAGAGCAGCGCAUGUAGUAACUUGAUCACGAACCCUUCAGUUGUUUCGUUCUUUAUCCGUGUUUGUAAUCGAUCACUUCCUCCAAGCUACCUCUGUUGCCCACUCAUCACUAAUCAUCAGGAUAGAGGAUCAAGGUUACCCACAUAUAUCACUGAUUCCUGUCUCCAUCACGAUGAUCAAUGUAAGGAGGUAAACAUCAACACGCGUCUCUCCCUUGAAAGGAGAAGAUAAUUAGUGAAGCAGUUGCCUCUUGGAUUAGGGUAGUUGGCAUCUCUCCAACCUGCAGGUGGAACCUCCAGAAUCUGAAGCCUCGAUCGUCAUACAUGCACACUAAUUCAGGUAGCUAGUAUAAAUACAUGAUCGGUGCAACAACUGGAAGCAGCCCAUGUAAAUAUUUGUUGAUAUACGUAACACCCAACAGUCAAUGUGUUCCGAGCCAGAGAAGUUUUGUGUGUCUCCGAAUUCGUUUCUAAGCAUCAUUCUACUUUGGUGAGAGUACUCAUAAUGAAUUGGAUCCAAAGGAUAUCACAACUACGAUGUAGAUUUCCUAUAGUUCUAUUUGAUGCUGUGAUCGAAGGGCGUCGGCUUUCAGACUUCAAGGUUGAAAACGUUCUAGACACCGCCAGUUACAAUAAUUAUAAACUCAAUUCCCUCGUUGGAGAUGUGAAUACCUGCACUGCAAUUGGUCAGUAAUUGAGGCGAAUUUCACAUGAUGAAGAUGGACAGUAAUGACUUUCACUGGGAUCCUGGGCCGAGCUUACCUGCGAAAUGAAUUAGAAGUAUGGGAAGUCCCAUCAAGCCAAAACAAAAAUAAGUACCUUACAUUUCGAUAUGUGAGAUAUUUGAAGAGCUGUUAUCCAUAGACGGACUAAACAUUCAUACGAGGUCUAGCAUUUGUUAUCCAUUGUGUUUUGCGGGUAUCCUACCUUUUGUUCGUAGUUAGGCUAGAUGGUAUUAUUCAAAUGUUGUUAUCCACUUGGCUCUUUAAUCUAGUCAAAUGUGUGUACCUUGCGAGAAGUACUGAUAUGUACUGUAGGUCCUUGAACAUCAGAACUAUUUAUAUGAACAUGAGCAUUUGACUUGAUUGUUCUCUAUGUAGCACUGGGUAGUGUUAUCGACUUCCGCUUUGCACCAAGUCACGAAGAUAUUCCCCAGCUUUCUGCCAAGU